CACACAUCCACGUAGAUUCCAGCAGUGAGCUGAGGUCUCUGUGGUCUCUGUGGUCUCCGGUAAAGGACCGUCUGGUUUUGGAUUAAUCCUCCGGUCAGAGAUGGACUGAGGAGCUGCACAGCUGGAGUAGAUGUGAGACCAGUUACACAGAGAUGUCAGUCCGCUCCAGUUAGCGACAGCUCCACGAUGAUGGCAGUUUAAGAGAGAGUCUGCAGCUCUCGUCUCAGGGACAGUCGUCUGCAGCCCUCCUCUGGUCACAGGCCUGCCUGCCAACUAUCAUCCAUCUCUUCCUUCCCACCCAUCCUUCCCCCUGUCAUGAAGGGCCUGUCCAGUAGUCGGAGUCACCAUCACGUGAUCUCCUAUGAGCCAUCAUACGAUCCACUCGGUCACCACGUUGACCGUAAGCCAUAUCUGAUCAGUCAGAAUGACAUGCACGUGCCCAUCCCCCUGCCACACCCCACUGAGCUGUCCUACUACAACGCUCAGCGGAGCCCGUACCCCUCCGACAGCAACAGCAUCGUCCCCUACGGAACCUUCCCACGGAGGUGCCACUCCACCUCCUCCUCCCACCAUCCUGAGGUAAAGGAUGAGUGUAUGGCCAUGGUACCAUAUGUAGGAGGAGGAGGUGGAGGAGGAGGAGGAGGUGGAGGAGGCUAUGGAGGUAAAACGCCCACCCGGGUCCCCGCUAACUUUGCAGACCCGUUUGAGCGUCAGCCGUCCUUCUCCAGAGAUGGCUACCACACUCUGCAGUACAAACGAGGUGUGAUGGCCCAGAGCGGGGGGCCGGGGCCAAACAACAACAAUGACAGUCCAGGGAGAAUCCGCCACCUGGUCCACUCAGUCCAGAAACUCUUCACCAAGUCCCACUCACUGGAGGGGCCACACCAGUCCUCCAGGGGGCCCACUAAUGGGAGCGUUAAUGGUGGUGGUGGUGGUGGAGCAGGUGGUGGUGGUGGUUCAAGGGCCAGCCCAGAGGGUGAAACUCCUCCAGGAGUGCGCCACCGGAAGCGCAGCAAGAGCCGUGAGCGCUGUCGAUCAGCAGAGCCCAAACAUCGAAGCCACCACCACCACCACCACCAGCUCCACGGCUCUGCGUCCGCUCCGGGCUCUGGCUACUGGAGCUCCGAUGACCAGCUGGACCGGGAGCUGUGUCUCUACCACCCUCAUCACCACCAACCUCCGCCCUCUCCUUCACCCUCCAUUUCCCCCUCGCCCAUCGCCAUGACCAUGGGCCGCUACCCCGGCAACAACCCUGACAAAUUCCCCCAGACCCCCGUCCCCGUGCUGUCCACCUCGCAGUCCCAGCAGUACUUCAUGAUGGACCCCUAUGCCACGCUCAACGAGCACACGCAUGCCCACGCUCACCACGCCCACACGCACCACCAUCCUCCACUCAAAGUGUCCCGGAGCAACAACGACGUCAAGUAUUCGGCGCCGUCAGCGUGUGUGCCCGUUAGUGUCAGCAGCAAUAACAGCGGUGGCGCUAUGGCUGGAGGAAGUGGCCCCUUGCUACCAAUGGGGGUUGUGGACGGGCCCGUUGUGAAGAAAGGGGCCUGGUCAUCGAGCCUAACGGUGAGCAGGGCCCGAGAGGUCUACACCAACAACAGCAGCCACAGCCAGCUUCGAGACAGCGCAGGAGCCGGUAACCUAAACCUAGAUAGAGCUCUAGUCAAAUCUAAGGCCAGUCAGCAGCAGGAGCGCUCAUGCCAUUUCUUACAGGUACCUCAGGACGAAUGGGGGGGCUUCGCCCCUCUGGGGAAGGAGGACGACAUCCCCUGUCGGAGGAUGAGGAGCGGCAGCUACGUCAAAGCCAUGGCGGAGGACGACAGUGGCGACUCUGACGGGAGUCCCAAACCAUCGCCAAAGAUCCAGGCACGCCGGGCCAGCUACCUGAAGGCCACACAACCAUCGCUGACCGAGAUGACCACUCUACAGAUCUCCACAGAGCACUCCCCAAAGCUGCAGAUCAGGAGCCACAGUUACCUGCGAGCGGUGAGUGAGGUUUCAAUCAAUAGAAGCCUGGAUACCCUGGACCCCAAAACCCUCCUCGACCCCAAAUCGCUGCUGUCCUCACCCCAAUACCGCUCACGCAAUGAAAGCUACAUGCGGGCCAUGAGCACCAUCAGUCAGCUGAGCGAGCUGGAGCUGAACGGACAGAUCGAGCAGGUCUGUGAGCAGGUCUACAGCGCGCUGCAGUCCCAGGCCAUGGAGGCUGCCAUGGACAGCAUGGACACCAUGGACACUCUGCCCAUGCCCGGAUGCUUCCGGAUGAGGAGCCACAGCUACGUGAGGGCCAUCGACCAGGGCUGUGCGGGGGACGAGGAAGGAGAGGGAGGGAGGCCGCUGCUCCUGCUGCCGUCGUCUCCUCCGCGAACGUCCGCCACCACCGUGAGAACCAUCCAGAGCAGCACAGUGUCAUCCUGUAUCACCACCUAUAAGAAAACACCUCCACCUGUACCCCCCAGGACCACCACCUGUCCCUCAGCAUCUAAGCCAUACAUCUCCAUCACCGCCCAGAGCAGCACAGAGUCCGCUCAGGAUGCCUACAUGGAGGAGGAGGGGCCCCGAGGGGACAUGACCAUCCAGUCCGGUCUCAGUAACUCCACAGAGAGUAUCGACAGCAUGAAGGCUCUGACAGCAGCUAUAGAGGCUGCUAACGCUCAGGUCCAUGGACCAGCCAGUCAGCAUGUCAAUAACAGCACUAUGACCGUCAGCACCCCCACACCCAUCCUGACCAGGACGCCGGUAGUUGAAAUCCACCACGAUGACUACAGGAAAGAGGCGUUCAGGAAGGGCAAAUGUCUCUCCAUAGGUAUACAGGUGGAUGGGCCAGAGGAGAUUCCAGACCCAGAGGACCCAUCUAAGUUCACGUCUGUGGGGGUGCAGGUGGAGGAUGACAGAGGGUAUCGUCGUUUCCAGCGCUCCAACAGUGUGACGGCUGCUGUACAGGCAGAUCUGGACUUGCCAGACCACCUGGACACCCCUCUGGACUCAGACACAGACCUGGAGAUCCUGUCAUCAGGCGCACUCUCUCGACAGUACUCUCGCGAUGCUGCCACGUCCACCGUCAGCAUCCAGGGCUCAGGGAACCACUACCACGCCUGUGCCUCUGAUGACUAUGAGGAUGUUGGCUUUGACCCGUCCAUCCUCCCCCCUCCUGAUCCCUGGAUCGACAGCGUGACAGACGACCCGCUGGACUUCAACAGCUCUUCUAUCCUGGAGGUGGUGCAGCGGUCGGUGUGUCAGAGAGACGGACGCUGGUUUCUGAAGUUGUUGCAGGCAGAGACGGACCGUUUGGAGGGCUGGUGUCGACAGAUGGAGCUGGACCAGCGGGAGAACGACCUGCCGGAGGACGUCCUGGGGAAAAUGCGCAGUGCCAUAGGAAGUGCUCAGCUCCUGAUCUCUCAGAAAUUCCAGCAGUUCAGGGAGCUCUGUGAGGAGAACCUGAACCCCAACGCCCACCCCCGCCCUGUGGCCUCAGACCUAGCCGGGUUCUGGGACAUGCUUCAGCUGUCCAUCGAGAACGUGAGCCUGAAGUUUGAUGAGCUCCACCAGCUUAGAGCCAACGGCUGGAGGCCCCUGGACCCCCCUGAGAGAAAGGAGAGGCAGCUCCCUCCUCCAGUGCCAAAAAAGCCACCCAAGGGGCCCCACCACCACCCCCCUCUGGCCAGAGACCGCUCCCUGGAGAGCUCCGAGAAGCAGAGGCAGGAGGCCAGGAAGCGCCUGAUGGCCGCCAAGAGAGCCGCGUCCGUACGGCAGAACUCGGCCACGGAGAGCGCAGACAGCAUCGAAAUCUACAUCCCCGAGGCCCAGACACGACUAUGA